AUGGUUCAGCGGUGUACGGAGUACCACAGGUUUACUUUGGAGUCUGCAUUUUCUCUUUUUUUGGGUGGCCAAGGGCGGGUUUAUUCAUUUUUAUUAUGUCUAGCCGGCAUGCUAGCUUGGAUGGAGGGAUAUAUGGUGAUUAUAGGUUUUAUUGGAUAUAUUUCGAAUGGUCGGUCGGCAUUAUUAACAAAUAUUGAUCCAUUACUAUUUUGUUCGGUUCUACGUACAAUGUAUGUAUAUAACUCUCAAGUCUUUGUUCGCCACCUUACUACUGCUGCAGCGAAUAUCACAUUUGCCUAUUUGAUAGUUCAUAUAAGAGCCUUAACUUUUAUAAAAGCCAGAAGCGCUACAGGCAGACUAUCCGGACCCCCACCCCACCCAAAUAACCAGAUAUUGGCUGAUGGUAGCACUACCUGUAGAAACGGAAUCAGGUAUGAAUUCCCAGCUGCCUGGGAUUACACAAAACGCAUAGAACCCAGCGGAGAGGUUAGGCUGAAGAGGAACCUUAACCUAAUACUUUUCGCGUGCAGAUUACUCCUGGAAUAUGGCUGUCUGCCCCUGGUAUUGGAUCCUGGAAAUUUGAUCUUAAGCCUCUUGUUUAUCUUUUCUCAACCGUGCAUCGAUUUAAGCAUUGAUUGUGAUUAUGCUAUAUGGGGUGCCUGCAGGCCAUCUGACAGAAAUAGCAGCGCUCUGGCGAUACGUUCCACUGCAUCCAUCUUAUUUGACUGCAAUGGGAAUCAUCCUCCGACACCUCGGAAAAGAUCUCCUCCGCUUUGA